CCGUCACAGUCCAAAUGUCCACAGCGCGUGUAUCAUGGCAGAGAAACUAGAGCUCAUCUCUAAAUGCAUCAGAACCUUCCAGGAUUUUCCCACGAAAGGGAUUCCCUUCAAGGACAUUUGUCCAAUCCUGAAGGAUCCAAAGGCGCUGACUGCUGUGACAGAUCUGUUUGAGGAGCACGUCAGGCAGAAUUACCCUGAAGUUGAUCUUAUAGUCGGACUUGAUGCACGAGGAUUCCUGUUUGGGCCGCUUUUGGCACAGAGAUUAGGAAUAGGAUUCGCUCCGAUCAGGAAAAAGGGGAAGCUGCCUGGCCCCACUCUAUCAGUAGCGUACAGUCUUGAGUAUGCAAAGGCUGAGGCAGAGAUGCAGGAAGAUGCCGUAUCUCUGGGACAGAAGGUCCUGAUCAUUGAUGACUUACUGGCUACUGGGGGAACCCUGUAUGCGGCGUGUGAGUUGGUCAAACAGCAGAGGGCGACGGUGUUGGGCUGUUUGGUGGUGGUUGAACUGAAGUACCUCAAUGGAUCAGACAAGCUGAAGCCAACUUCUGUGUUCUCUUUAAUACAGUACUGAAAAUCUGCUUACAAAUGUCAUGGUCUGUUUAGUGUGGGAACCCAUAUUACUGUAAAAUCAUUAUGCCCAUUCUUUGUCCUGUUAGAUAAACCGUACAUGCCUAAAAGUAAAUUAUAAAUGGGUUUGACUAUUCCAGUGAAAUCAAAUCUUAAAGAAUAGUUCACCCAAAAAUGACAAUUCUCUCAUUUGCUCACACUUAAUGCGUGUAAACACCUUUGAUUGUCUUUUGCUGAACACAAAGAUAUGAGAUAUUAGUUUAUAUACAUAUAAUGCAAUGGGGUCCAAUACUUUUAAACUUUAAAAAAGACAAAUGGCAGCAUAAAGGUAAUCCAUACGAUUCCAGUGGUUUAUUCAAUGUCCUCUGAAAUGAGACAAAUCUGUUUUGGGUGAGAAACAAACCAAGAUGUAACAAUUCCUCACACUUUACUCAUGCAGUGUCAAGUGUGAGGAAGUGUUACUUUUUGGGUCCGUUUCUCACCCAAAACCAAAUGCUUUGCCUCAGAACACAUGGAUUAAACUCCUGUAAUGGUAUGGAUUAUAGGUGGUGUAGUGGGCUAAAGCACAUAACUGGUAAUCAGAAGGUCACUGGUUCAAUCCCCAGUCACCACCAUUAUUGUCCUUGAGUAAGGCACUUAACUCCAGGUUGCUCCAGGGGGGGAUUGGCCCUGUAAUAAGUGCACUGUAUGUAGCUUUGGAUAAAAACGUCUGCCAAAUGCAUAAAUGGAUUACUUCUAUGCUGCCUUCAUGUACUUUUUGCACCCCAUUAAAUGGACAGACAUAUCUCCAUUUGUGUUCUGCAGAAGAAAGCCGUACAAGUGAGUAAAUGGUAAUUUUUGGGUGAAUUGUUCCUUUAAUGCUAGUGCAUACAAUGAAAUUAAGAGAAUGGUAACAAUUCGUUGUUGCAAGCCAUAUCAAAACAAUUGCAAAUUACUCCUGUAUAAAUGUACCAAGAUAUAACAUUACAUUCCUCAUAAGGAUUUUUAUACGAAUGCUUAAGCCUUCUGAGUUUUCUUAGACUUAAAUGUAAUAAACGUUAUAACGUUUAUUACAGUUAAGCAGACACAAUUGCAUUUUGGGAACACAUUUUAAUCUCCAUGUGAUCAUGUAUUGUGUAACAGUGGAGAUAAAGCUACAGCUGUGCCUUUUUAUACACAAACUCUGAGCAUCAAGUUCUGAAUGAUAAACAAUUUACAACAUUGUAUGCAUGAACUAACUUGUUUAUUGUAAAUUUUGAACAAUGCUAGAGGAGUCAUGAAGUUUAAAUUACCUUAAAUGUCAAAGCUAUUGAUCUACAUUUUGUACAAUGCAUUCAAUUAUUAUUGUGGCGAGCGCACACCCCCCCCCCAAAAAAACACCCCCAGAAAUUACCAAUAAACUACAAAAUAGUCUUUUAUGCAUAUACUGGGAUUGAAUGCAAACAUACAAAACUAAAAACAUCAUCAUCCGAACCUCAAGUUAAUCCAGGUAAAAUCCAAUAUAAAAACAAAUAUUG